GACACAAUAACAGCAGGCCUUGACAAUAAAACAACGGUUGCUGGUGAAAUAUUCAUCACAGCGACAACCGAUGAAUCUGUCAUUGUGUCGCCACGUCCAAGGUUCAUCGGGAUGAAGUGACGUUACAAAAGUUAAUGAGUAGGCCUUCGCUUGACUGAUGGAGAUGCUUCUCUUCAGGUGAACAUUUGACUUGUCGUUGUAUGUCUUUGUGACGAAUGGCAGUUGUGGGGCAGGAUACGCUCACCUCUUCGCGAACACCUUGUAUUUGAUAGUGUUUAAUAUUAACAUGCUUAUGUAGUUGUAAUCGGGCAAUCGACUCAUUCUCUCCUCUUCGUUCCUCUGUUGCUGGUUUCAGGAACCAUGGGGUCAAAGAAGAAACUGCUAGUAAUAGUGGUGGCGACAACAGUGAUUUUCAUUACUUGGACCAGAUUUGCAAAGCAUCCUCCAUCUACUAAAAAUGCAAAAAUUCUUUCUCCAUAUGAAAUAUCUUUGAGCACACUGUCUCAUUUGUUGAAAGGACACUGGAAAACACGUCCUUUGACAAAAAAGGAAGAUGAUGAUAUAAUGAAAUUUCUUUCAAACGCAAAUGCUCGAUUCCGCUUACCAAAGAAUUAUCAAAGGAUUGACGGUCUCUGUGGAAAUGUUACCCACACCGGAUCUGAAGCUGCUGGGUUUAUUAAAGCCUUGUGUGAUCCUAAAGGAACAACCCCGUGCUGCUUCAACAAUAAAUGUGCUAUGAAGUCUGUGGAGGAAUGUGUGUGUCCUGAUUGCUAUGACAUGCGGAACCAGAAACAUGCUGAAUAUUCCACCUGGACCCCUUCAGACCCAAGACAUGGCUACAAGGAACACAGCCCCCACGAAGCUUGCAGCAUCCUCAGCGGAAGCACGAUUCUGUUUGUUGGGGAUUCUCUUGUUCGUCAUGUAUAUACAGCUAUGGUACUGCUUGUUACAGGGAAUAUGAAAGAUGGUGCUAUGAAUGAUAAUGUUCCACAGGAUAUAAGAAAUUUAUGCAGCGGAAUGGAUAUGUUCACAGAGAAAGUAUGUCGACUGCAUCUGAAGUACACUCUUCAAGCUUGUAAUGGUACAGUUAAACUGGAAAUGCAGUACCUCUUUUCUGCAGACCAUGGCCAGCAAUUGAAACAACGUGUUAUCAAUUUAAACAGCAAGUCAUUGCUGUUGGUUGGUAUAGGAAUUCAUAAUAACUAUGAUCAUACACUAGUUCAAACAAAGUUUCUUUUACCAACACUGAAUUACAAGAGGAGCAAUAAGAGAUAUUGGCCAAAGGUUCUGUGGGCAACUAGCCAUGCCCCAGGUAUGAUGAAGUCCCCGAAACUGUUAGCUCAGUCUUAUGAGAGUGUUAAACGUUACAAUGGCAACAUUGAUCCUUUCCUUAAAUCAUGGGAAAUUCCAGUUUUCGACACCUUUAACAUGACUGACGGAAUGACGAGUUUUGAUGGUGAACAUUAUGGACUUGGGAUGAAUGUGGCGAAAGCAAAUGUACUUCUGAGCUACCUGAAUGAAUUGAAAAAUAAAGGAUUGUGGUGAAACUUACACUUACCCUAAUGGACAAUUCUACACACGCACAUCGCACGCGCACACACACACACACAGCACCACCACCACCACCACACCACA